UUUCCUUCCAUUUCUAAACCCUCCAUCGAAACACAUAUGUCAUACAUCUUUAAUCUCGAUAGGUCUAAAAAAUCUAUCAAAUGAUAUUUUAUUUAUGUAAAAAAGUUAUUUGGAUGAUCUAUACGAUACAAACAUACAAUCCUACUGUUAGGUUUUGAAAAUAUGUAGCAAGUAAAAAGAUAUUGAGCAGUGUAACAUUGCUUUAGUUUGAGCCCUCCUACACUCUCUCCCUCCGUAAGAUAAAAAAAGUUGUAUAUGAAACAAAGGAAAUGUUAUUUUACAUCUUUUAAAAGUAUUUGAAUAGAUUGUAACUUUCUUUGAGCAUAGAUAUUGAUGCUUGCUAUUUGUAAACAUUUCUAUCUUCAACAGACACAUCCAACAAUAAGUUUUUUACUCAAGUUUCCCCCUACUUUUGACAUAUCUGAGCAUGUAUGUCUAUAUAUACGUAUACAUUCUAUUUUUGUAGGAAUGAAAGUGAGUAUAUCAACGCUAUUGUUGACCGGAUUUCAGACUUGUUGAAUAAGACAGACUUGUUUAUUUCGGAUAACCCUGUGGGAAUUCAAUCUCGAGUGAAAGAUGUGAUUAACUGUCUAGACUUCGGAUCAAACGGUGUUCAACUAGUAGGGAUGUGGGGUAUGGGGGGAGUUGGCAAAACAACCAUUGCAAAAGCUGUUUACAAUAAGAUUGGCCGCGAGUUUGAAGGUAGGAGCUUCCUUGCAAAUAUUAGGGAAGUUUGGAAGCAAGAUGGUAGACAAAUAAUGGGUUUACAAGAACAACUUUUAUCUGAUAUCUGUAAAGAAAAAACCAAAAUAUCAUACAUUGACAAGGGAAAAAACACAUUAAAGGAUAAACUUUGCGGUAAAAGAGUACUUAUUGUACUUGAUGAUGUGAGUACCCUAGACCAACUGAAUACUUUUUGUGGAAGUCAUGAAUGGUUUGGCAAAGGGAGUGUAAUAAUCAUCACAACAAGAGAUUUGGUUUUACUCAGAGGGAGAGUUAACAGAAUAUACAUAAUGACAGUAAUGAAUGAAAGUGAGUCAAUUGAGCUUUUUAGUUGGAAUGCAUUCAAGCAAGCGAGACCCAAAGUAGAUUUUUCUGAAAUUUCCAUGAAUGUGGUUAAGUAUUCUGGAGGGUUGCCGCUAGCUCUGGAAGUCCUUGGGCGUAAUUUGUUUGCUAGAGGGGUAACAGAAUGGCAAUGUGUAUUGGAGAAACUCAAAAGAAUUCCUAAUGCUCAAGUGCAGAAGAAGUUAAGAAUAAGUUAUGAUGAUUUGGAAGAUGCUGAUGAGCAAGAAAUAUUCCUUGACAUAGCUUGUUUCUUAAUUGGAAUGGACCGAAAUGAUGUUAUACUCAUAUUAAAUGGCUGUGGACUUCAUGCAGAAAUUGGAAUAAGCGUCCUUGUUGAGAGAAGCCUUGUGAGUGUUGAUGAUAAGAACAGGCUUGGAAUGCAUGAUUUGCUGCGAGAUAUGGGAAGAGGAAUUGUUCGUGAGGAAUCACCAAAGAGUCCUGAGAAGCGUAGCAGGUUGUUGUAUCCGGAGGAUGUGAUUGACGUAUUAUCAAAACAAACUGGAGAAGAAAGUGUUAUGGGACUGGCUUUGAAGUUGCCUAAAGCUAAUGAAUACUGUAAAGCUAAUGAAAACUUUUUUAGUACUGACUCAUUUGAAAAGAUGAAAGGACUCAGAUUGCUUCAACUUGCUGAAGUAAAACUUGAUGGGGACUUUAGAUAUGUUUCAAGAGAGUUGAGAUUGCUGUCAUGGAAUGGAUUAAGUCACAUACCUGAAAACUUCACCUCCGGAAAAAAAUUAGUUUCCAUCAAGUUAGAGAACGCCAAUGUCCAUCUUCUGUGGAACGAAUCCAUGUUCAUGCGGUGUUUGAAGAAGUUGAAAGUUCUCAAUCUUAGUCAUUCUCACAAUCUCACAGAAAGCCCUGACUUUCUUAAGCUGCCUAAUCUUGAAAAGAUAGUACUCAAAGAUUGUCGGAACUUGACUAUGGUUUCUUAUAGCAUCGUAUUUCUCAACAGAGUUCUUCUAAUAAAUUUGCAAGACUGUGUAAGCCUUUGUAGCCUCCCAAGAAACAUCUACAAGUUGAAAUCUUUGAAAACUCUCAUUCUUUCUGGCUGUGAAAAACUUGACAAGUUGGAAGAGGACUUGGAACAAAUGGAAUCUUUAACCACUCUGCUUGCAAAUGAAACUGCAAUAAAAAAAGUGCCAUUUUCAAUAUUUAGGUCAAAAACUAUUUGGUACAUUUCUUUGUGUGGCUAUGAAGGACUCUUAAGCGAUGUAGUUCCAUCUAUGAUUUGGUCUUGGAUGUCACCAACAAGUGCACUUUCUUACCUAUGCCAAAGAGUUGUAGCCAUGUCAUUUAUUGUUUCUUUAGAUAUACAUAUACCACAUGGUAGUAGUUCCCAGGAACUAUCGUCUCGUUUAAAAAGCCUUCAACUUUCUAAAGAUGGAAAAAUCAUUUUGGAUUCUUUUUACGCCACACAUUCUAAGGAUUUGACAUCGACUUCAGCUACUUCACCAGUAUCAAAAGAUUCCUUAAAGUAUGAUCUAUUUGACAUUGGAAUGAAUUGCCAGAACACCAAUAAUCUGACAGAUAUUUUACAGAAUAUGAAUGUCAAUGGUUGUUUGCUUCCUGGUGAUAAUUAUCCAAAUUGGUUAAACUUCAAUUGCCAAGGUUCUUCUGUAACUUUUAAAGUCCCUGUAGUGAAAGGGCGUAUGUUGAAGUCAAUAAUGAUCUGCAUUGUCUAUUCUUCAACCCCGGAUAACAUAAGAUCCGAUGGCCCUACAGCCUUGUUGGUGAAAAAUCAUACAAAGGCCACCAUUCAGUUCUACAAGAGAGGGGCACCGAAGUGUCGUCUAAGACUACUAUCAAGUAUAGAACCUGGUAAUAAAGUGGAGGUUGCUGUUGUUUAUGAGAACAAUUUCAUUGUAGAGCAGACAUUCCUUUAUCUCGUAUAUGAUGAACCAGAUUUGACUUCAUAUAGAAAGAAGAAAAAUCGAGUGGAGUGA